ACUGCUUUGAGUCGCGCUCGCAGCCGAGCGGCAGAGCGAACGUGGGCAUUCGCAGCAGCAGAUAGCCGACUUGGCGCUUGGACUAAAUUCAGAUUCUCGCGCGGCAGGGGGCAAGCAGAUCAGACUGCCAUUCUAAAUCGCACUGGUUUUCGCUUGUUGAGCACCGGGACGGGACAAGCUAGCCUGACUGGCCUGGUGAGGGAGGGGCGACUGGCUUCACUAAGGCCUGUGAAGCACCCCCCCCCCACCCCACCCCACACACACCUGCUGUAAGGAGAGCUGGAGUCAGGAGGACCGUAAGGGAUCGGGGAGAAGCUUCACUUGGCACCGCUGAAGUCAAAGCGAUUGUUAGGGAGCGUGGGAAAACGUGCGGGCCAUGGGGAAGUCUAACAGCAAGCUGAAACCUGAGGUGGUGGAGGACCUGACCCGCAAGACCUACUUCACAGAAAAGGAGGUGCAGCAGUGGUAUAAGGGCUUCAUUAAAGACUGCCCCAGUGGUCAGCUGGAUGCUGACGGCUUCCAGAAGAUCUACAAGCAGUUCUUCCCCUUUGGAGACCCCACCAAAUUUGCCAACUUCGUCUUCAACGUCUUCGACGAGAACAAGGAUGGGCGUAUUGAGUUUUCUGAAUUUAUCCAGGCGUUGUCCAUCACAUCACGUGGAACUCUGGAUGAAAAACUCAGGUGGGCCUUCAAGCUGUACGACCUGGACAACGACGGCUACAUAACCCGGGACGAGAUGCUCAACAUCGUGGACGCCAUCUACCAGAUGGUGGGCAACACAGUGGAGCUGCCGGAGGAGGAGAACACACCGGAGAAGCGCGUCGAUCACAUUUUUGCUAUGAUGGACAAGAAUUCAGAUGGGCUGCUGACCCUGCAGGAGUUUCAGGAGGGCUCAAAGGCGGACCCCUCCAUAGUGCAGGCCCUGUCCCUCUACGAUGGCCUGGUGUAGUGCACAGAGCUCAGUGGAUAUCCCGGAUUCAGCAGCUUCACUCUUGUUCUCAGAAUCCGCCCUGUGGCAAGAAGAGGGAAUCUGGGGAACUGAAAAGGGGUGGGCCCUCUGCUGUCAAUCACUCAUCUCCACAUCUGCCAAAAAAAAAAAAAACUACAAAAUAUAUGCAGGAUUUUCACAGCAUAUGGAGCCAGCUGUCUUUCACAGGGACUGCUGUCCAUGCAACCAAGAGAUAAGUGUUCCUCUACAAGACCCUUUCCUUCAUGGAAAGACUGAAGAGUGAUUAAAUGACAAGAUGGGGGUGCCUUUAAGGUGGACAAAGGAUGCUCCUGCUCCUGAGGAACAAAAUGGGCGAAGCAUUCUGGGUGCAUGGGACAAAGACCUGCAGUGCAUUCUGGGUACAUGGUUUGGGGACCUGCAGUCACCGGGCUGAUAACUCUUCUGUGAGAGAUCCUAGUUGGCCCUGUCUGCCUCAGCUGUACUUUAAAUGCAGACAAAAAUAACACAUUCACUGCUAGUCACUUUUAAGAUUUAAAAACGCUUCGCUGCCUGAGAAUUCAUGGUGCACCUUCAUGCAAUGUAGAAAGAAACUACUGAGUGUUAUCUUUAAGGCAUUUAUUUUGCACUGUUGCGGGUGGUUACGCAUUCUAGAGUGGCCACGCCCUUCGUGUGUUCACACGCGGGGGCGGGGCUUAUGUGUCUUCAUGCGAGGUGCGUGUUCUUCCUGUGUUCCACCGACCGACCGUCCGCACUGCUUCUCCGGCGUGUCCUAGACCACGCUGGGCAGAGAGAAUGGCUACUGCAGACUUGGCUUUUAUAUCUGGGUAAAGGCUUCAACCCAGAAGUCCAAGAGAAUACAGUGUUUCCUUUUUUUAUGCUUUAUAUGUGCUUAUCAGACGUCCUUAUCCAGAAUGACAAGUACGAGUUACAUUUUCUGUGCAGGCGAUACAUGUGUGUGUGUGUGCACAGUGGUGUAAUGGUAGUAUAAUAGCAGUCUUUAGUGUAAAAGGCAGUAAGCAGCACUGCUUCUCUAGGCACCGUACUUCUCCUCACCUGAGUGACUGACAACAUGAGCCCACGGGAGAGGGGGGUAAUUUCGUAUGCCUUCAUAUUUAGCACGCAGAUGCAAUUUGGAACGGCAGGAUUUUCUGAUGCAGAAAGAAUCCACAGGCUGCAGGGUUUUUAAUGAGCGGUCUUUGUGCCACCCCCACCAGCACUCUUAAGGCAUUGUGUUAGCCAUAAGGUUCCAUUAAUUGUUUCUGAAGCUUCUAUCAGUGAAUGGUUCAUUUAAAAAAAAGUCAUUUCUUUCUUCGCUUCUCAACGAACGCCUGAAUUACAGCGUCGAACGCGGAGAUGAUCUCUCUCAAUGCUGUCCGGCUACCUCGUUCCGAAACAUUUUUUUUCCCCCUCAUUAUGCCAUUUGAAUUUAUUUUUAAUACUAGUUUUAUUGUUGCUGGACAUUUUCUUGAUUGGUUUCUGAGUUGAAUGAAGGCUUGGAAAUGAAAGGGAUGUCUGAUGAAAGGGUUUUUAUCUUCUGCAAAAGAGGAUGUAAUAAAUGGCUUUUGCCCUCCCUUUUCCUCUCA